CGGCAUUCUUGCCAGGUCGGAAAGCUGCCUCGGCUGAAUUCCUUAGUACUAUGUAAGUAGCCGGGGAUCAAAUGCGGCAGAUUGAGGGAAAGCUUCUUUAUUACAUAUGUAGGUACCUGGAACUGGAUACUGGACUGGAAACUGCCACUGCUCAUUGGAACUUCAUCUUCAUCUCCCCCAGAUUUCAUAUUCAUAUUUCCAACAUUACUUAAUACUUUAAAAUAAUACUUGACAAAAACAAAACAAUACAAUACACAGAAAUGCCAAUCGUGUAACAAAACCCCAUUCUGCCUGCUGCUGAACUUGAUCAAUCCAAAAAUCACUUCUUUCUUUUAUUAUUCCUCCCUUAUCUCCCUAUCCCCUUCACAACCUUAACACAUUCGGCGCGAUGGCAGGUGAAUUGCGUUUUGAUGACCAAGUCGUCGUCGUUACCGGCGCUGGUGGUGGACUUGGUAAGGCAUACGCAACCUUCUUUGCCUCUAGAGGAGCCAAAGUUGUUGUCAACGAUCUCGGUGGUUCUUUCAAGGGCGAGGGAAAGUCAUCAAAGGCUGCCGAUGUAGUCGUCGAUGAAAUCAAAGCCGCCGGUGGCCAAGCUGUGGCCAACUACGACAGCGUCGAAGAGGGUGAGAAAAUCAUCGACACGGCCAUCAAGGCAUUCGGCCGCAUCGAUGUCCUGCUCAACAAUGCCGGUAUCCUAAGAGAUAUCAGCUUCAAGAACAUGUCGGACCAAGAUUGGGACUUGGUCAUGAAGGUGCACGUCCGGGGAUCCUACAAGUGUGCCCGUGCAGCUUGGCCGCACUUCCGUAAACAGAAGUAUGGUCGUGUAAUCAACACCGCCUCCGCCGCCGGCUUGUUUGGCAGCUUCGGCCAAGCCAAUUAUUCGGCGGCUAAGCUGGGCAUGGUUGGUUUCACCGAGACGCUCGCUAAGGAGGGUGCCAAAUACAACAUCAUCUCAAACGUCAUCGCCCCUAUCGCAGCGAGCCGCAUGACCGAGACUAUCAUGCCUCCGGAUGUCCUGGAGAACCUGAAGCCCGAUUGGGUCGUUCCCCUAGUUGCCGUCCUGGUACACAAGAGCAAUACCCAUGAGAACGGCAGUAUUUUUGAGGUCGGCGGUGGUCAUGUCGCUAAGCUAAGGUGGGAACGAUCCAGCGGUCUCCUUCUCAAGGCCGACGAGACGUAUACGCCUGAUGCUGUUCUCAAGAAGUGGGACCAGGUUGUCGAUUUCUCAAAGCCCCAAUACCCGUCUGGUGCCAAUGACUUUAUGACUCUUCUCGAGGAAUCAAUGAAGAUGGGCCCGAGCGAGCAGGGAGAGAAGCUGGACUUUACCGGCCGUGUAGCCCUUGUCACGGGUGGUGGUGCUGGUAUCGGACGCGCCUACUGUCUCGCGUUUGCCAAGCACGGUGCCUCUGUCGUGGUGAAUGAUCUAGCAGACCCUGAUACCGUUGUGAACGAGAUCAAGCAGCUGGGCGGUAAAGCCGCUGGUAUCAAGGCUUCUUCUGAGGAAGGUGAUAAGGUCGUAAAGGCAGCCAUCGAUGCUUUUGGCCGAAUCGAUAUUAUCAUCAACAAUGCUGGCAUUUUACGAGACAAGGCAUUCACCAACAUGGAUGACAGCCUUUGGGACCCUGUUCUCAAUGUUCAUCUCCGAAGCACAUAUAAGAUCACCAAGGCUGCUUGGCCAUACUUCUUAAAGCAAAAGUAUGGACGUAUCGUUAACACUACCUCUACCAGCGGUAUCUAUGGUAACUUUGGACAGGCCAACUACGCAACAGCGAAAGCUGGAAUUCUUGGAUUUUCUCGUACGAUUGCGCUUGAAGGUGCCAAGUACAACAUUUACUGCAACACCAUUGCUCCUAACGCCGGAACGGCCAUGACGCGCACCAUAUUGCCCGAGGAGCUAGUCCAAGCUUUCAAGCCUGACUAUAUCGCACCUCUUGUCCUUGCCCUCUGCAGCGACAAGGUCCCCAACAACCCUACAGGCUAUCUUUACGAAGUAGGCAGUGGUUGGUGUGGCCGAACGAGGUGGCAGCGAACGGGAGGUGUCGGUUUCCCGGUAGACGUGAAAUUGGUUCCUGAAGAGGUCGCCAAGAACUGGGCCAAGAUCGUCGACUUUGACGAUGGCCGAGCGGAUCACCCCGAAAAGGCCUCAGACGGAGUCGCCAAGGUCAUGGCCAACAUGCAGAACAAGCGAGCGGCAUCCAAGAAAUCUACCGCAGCCAACCAAUAUCUUGAGGCCCAAGAGAAAGCUCUCAGUGCCAAAUCCCUGGUGACGGAUUUUACCUACGCGGACCGUGACAGCAUGCUUUAUAACCUGGGCAUUGGCGCCAAAAAGACAGAGCUGCCGUACGUGUUCGAAGGUCACGGAGACUUCCAGGUGCUACCGACGUUCGGUGUGAUCCCCCAGUUUGACGCCAACAUGCCAUUCACCUUCGACGAAGUGGUGCCCAACUUCUCGCCCAUGAUGCUUCUCCAUGGCGAGCAGUUCCUCGAAAUCAAGAAGUACCCAAUCCCGACGGCGGCCAAGACGAAGAACCACGCCAAGCUGAUCGAGGUCGUGGAUAAGGGCAACGCAGCCAUUCUCAAGAGCGGUGUCACGACUGUCAACGCCGAGACGGGUGAGGAGCUUUUCUAUAAUGAGGCUACCGUCUUCCUGAGGGGCUGCGGCGGCUUCGACGGCCAGAAGAAGCCUUCCAACCGGGGUCCUGCCACCGCUGUGAACCAGCCACCUAAGAGACAUCCGGAUGUUGUGGUUGAGACCAAGACAACGGAAGAGCAGGCUGCUAUUUACAGAUUGAGCGGUGAUUACAACCCCUUACAUAUCGACCCCAGCUUCGCCAAGAUGGGCGGAUUCAAGGUACCAAUUCUACACGGGCUGUGCUCCAUGGGUGUCGCAGGCAAGGCCGUGUACGAGAAGUUCGGCCCGUUCAAGAACAUCAAGGUCCGCUUCGCCGGCACCGUCGUCCCCGGCCAGACCCUCGUGACGGAGAUGUGGAAGGAAGGACCCGGCAAGGUCGUCUUCCAGACUAAGGUCAAGGAGACGGGCAAACUAGCCAUCUCCGGUGCCGCGGCGGAACUUGUGGAUGGGGGUAAGCCUGGCGGGAAGUUGUAAAGUGUAUCAAGGAGCAUAGCAUUGACGAGAUUAUAAGGGGGCAGGGGGGUUAGGUGUGCAUAUGAUAUGACAUGAUAUAAGAAAGAGAGAGAGAGGGUGAUUUACUACUUAUAUCUACUAUACGUUUCGGAAAAGGGGAAGAGGGUUGGCUUUAUUUAUUUAUUAUUAGUACUACUAUUAGCUUGUAAGAGGAGGAUAUGAAUGAAAGGAAGGAAGAUAGGAAGGUUGCCAGAAUAUUUUUACCUAGGUACUUGAAAUAAAAAUUUGGGCGUGGCGUCUUUUUGCUGUUA